UGUUAAAGUGACCUUUCCACUGUAAAGGUUGAGUAUAAAAUCUUAAUUGCUGUUCAGACAAAGUUUAUGUCACAAACAGCAAGUCGUACAUGGAAGACUCUUGCCAAUUAAUUUAAUUUCCAAAUGAUAAUUUCUUAGUUUAUUUAACAGAGGCAACAUUGAUAAAUACUGUUGCAUAAUGAAAAGCAAUUCAACAGAUGUAUAGGGUAAGGAUGCAUAGAUUAAUAAUUUGCGUUGCUGUCAAGUUUGGGUUUUUAAAUUCAGGUCAAAACUUCUAAACAGAUUCAAGAUAUAAACAACAGAACAGAUAAUACAGAUUGUGUUUUGUGUAAAAGCAUGUCUCUACUAUGCGUGUAUGUAUUGUACAUGACUACAUAUGCACCCGCAAAUGGGUGUGGGAGCAUAAACGUACAGUAUGAAGUGUACACGUUCUUUUCAAAAGCGGUUCAUUGAGAAGAUAUUGUUGUUGUUUAAGCUGCAGUCUUAUUUGUGUAUUGGAACAUUCAAUUCUGAUUCUGUGUUUUUAAUCCACCUGGUAAGGCUUUUCUUAGUGGCAAGCCUUUAAGUGAAAUAUUCAGAAAUCCAAGUUGGAGACAUUGAAAUACUUUAAAAUAACGCCUACUGUCAGAGCUUAGCCAAAAAAAUAGUUACCGGUAGUUACUUAGUAAUAGCUGGUUAAGAUUAAUGCCAACAUGUUAACCAGGCACCAAAUUUUCCAAAGCAGUCAUCAGGCCCCAGUGUGUCUUGCAGAGCAUGCUGUUUUCCCGCAGAUUGUCUUAUCAGCGGUUGGCAUAGCUGCAUGCUAGGACAACUGAUGGGAGGAGUCAACUGAACCCUUCAUGUGUUCCAAAAGACCCUCUGCAACACCCAAACAGUCAUUAACAUAGCAGCAACAAGUCUACAGAUACAGAUGUAAUGUAUGUAUUAGAAAUGUGUUCUGAAGGCACGCUGUGACUUACUGUGUCGCAGAUACUCAGCCUGAGUGAAUGUUAACUUUUUGCAACAAGAGCCUGUCCUGAAUGUGUUCAACAGCCAACUAUGUUCUCCCACUGAGGAGAACCUGUGAGGUAUUUGCCACUCCAGGCAAGCUGUGUGGGGGAGUGUCCAUGUCAGCUAAUUUCCCUGGAGUCAGGCCUCAUGGAGCCCCACAGGACACAGAGAUGGAUGUGGCUUGGCAGGAGCUGAUGGCCAUCACAGAACUGCAGUUUGAAGUUCCUGGUGAAGGCCCAUAUGAAACAACGCAGUACCAAAGCAUGGAACCCAUGGUCCCUAUGGGAGGAUACGGGACAGCUCAGUCCCAUUCUGAGGCUCCUCCUGCUGCUGCUUGUGAGCUAAGCACUGCUGAGACUUAUGAUGGAUGUUACCCCGAAGAAGUGCCCAUCUGUCACCGUCUAGGCAGCAACGCAGAGACAAUGUACGGACACUCUGAAUCUCAGCUCAACCAAAGAAUGCUCCCUGUUUCUUCACACACACAGCCCACACUUAUGGCUCCAAGGCAACACAUGAAUAUGUCAGGUGCCAUCCAAGGGCACAGAGGUGCCAAUGCUUGUCUCUCUCAGGGUUUAAAUCGGCACAUGCUGUGGACUCCACAUGGACAAAAUUCGCAUGCUCGCUCAGCUGAUGAUCUGGAAUCAGACUCAGGUCUGUCUCUGGGUUCUAGUCCACCUUUGGCCUCCCCAGAUAAUCCUGCUAGCAGCGCACCAGGUUACCAGAGCGUAGGCAUGACAUAUAGCGACGGUGAAGCAGACAGCAUGACCGAGCAUAUCCGAAGAGCACACAUCCAUUACUCAAUGGACUACCAGAGUCAGUCUCACCCAUAUUUGCACUCAAGUGCACAUCCGUCUAAUUUUUCACCUCAACCCACUUUAUCCCAUGCACAACCUGACAGCCCAAGUCCUUGGGCAGUCAGACAACAGGGCCAGACCACAGCUCUGAACAACCUGUACACGGAUUCUGGGUUGUCCAGCAGAGGGAGCUCACAGACCAACAUGUAUACAAAACCACAAGGCAGCCUCUCCAAUCCAGUGCCGCUAAGUAGAGAUGAGCGGCGGGCCUUGGCUUUGAAGAUCCCUUUCCCCAUGGAUAAGAUCAUCAAUCUACCAGUGGAUGACUUCAAUGAGCUCCUGACGCAGUAUACCCUGACUGACACUCAACUAGCACUGGUCAGGGACAUUAGAAGGAGGGGGAAGAACAAGGUGGCUGCUCAGAACUGCAGGAAAAGGAAGCUUGAGAGCAUAAUUCAUCUUGAAAGAGAACUGAACCAACUUCAGGCCCAAAGAGAGCACCUGGCAAAAGAAAGGCUCGAGUUCAAGCGCAGCUUGGCUUUCAUUAAAUGUCGCCUCACUGACCUCUAUUCAGAGGUAUUUUCUCACUUAAGAGAUGAAGAUGGACAACCAUACUCAAUAGAUGAAUACUCUCUACAACAGACACCAGAUGGCAAAAUGUAUUUGGUACCUCACACAAAAAGAGAUCAGUUCUAGAGACUCAGGAAAGUCACAAGGAAAUACUGCUGCAUAAAGUAUGCUACCUGAUUGUGCCAACUGAAAGUACAGACUGGCUGGAAGUUUAUUUCAUGUGGUUGUGACCUCAGAAAUACAAAGCUUGCCUCACAUGUAUCAGUGAACACCUGGACUUACAAUUGACUGAAACCACACCAGACUGCUUUGUAAAAAAAUACUUUAUUAAAAAAAGGAGACGCUGCACAGCAGUUUUUCCAAGUUAAAAACAAAUAAAGAUCUUCAGCAUCAACAUGAUUGUUCAGCAAACCUGUAAAAGAAUUUAAAGUUAAUUAAAAAAAAAAAAAAAACUCAGAAAAAUGUGAUUUGAGAAGUUUUGAUGAUUUGUACCUGAUUGAGCCAUUGUCACAGAAAUGAAGUCAGGUUUUGGAGGCCAUGUGGAGUUGCCUAGAAAGCAGAAAUCCAAAUAAAUAAA